GCCAGCCCCGCUCUCGUGUGUCGUUUUGCGUGUCGUCACGGCCUGUCUAUACACGCGAUUCCCCCAAUACCGUGAGGUGUACAGUUCUCUGCCCUCAAUUGACACACGACUUUGCGUCGUGAUAUCUCCUCUCAACCGCAACUCGGAUACAACACCAGCAUGGCGGAUGUCGCCGAAUCCUCUGCGGCUGCGAACGUGCGCCCAGCGAAGACGGUCAUCUAUUGCGGAGUGUGCAGUCUCCCUCCAGAAUACUGUGAAUACGGCGGCACGACAAAGAAAUGCGAAGAAUGGCUUGAACGGGAACACGAGGAUCUCCACGAACGCCUGUAUUCCGAGGAAGCACUCACCGCCGGUCUCAGCACGCUGAGCGUCGACGCACAGAAACGUGCAGAGAAAGACGCACAGAAAAAGGCCGCCAAGGCCUCCGCGGCGGAAGCCCGUGAGAGCGAGAAGCGCGCGGCGAGCAAGAUCGUCAUAAAGCGGGUGGAGCGCAACAAGCGCAAGUUCGUGACGGAGAUCAGCGGACUGGAGGCAUUUGGUCUGGAUCUGAAGAAGACUGCGAAGGAGUUUGGAAAGAAGUUCGCGACGGGCUCGUCGGUGACGAAGACGGCGGCGGGCGGGGAAGAGAUUACGGUGCAGGGUGACGUCAGUGAGGACGUGGUGGAUUGGUUGGCGGAGCAUCACGAGGAGAUUCCUGAGGACAACAUUGAGUUGAUUGAGGAUAAGAAGAAGAAGGCUGCGCCGCCAUGAGCCGUGAGUUGACGUUGCAUUCAAGGCGCGUGGGAAGUCGAUGUUGAGUGAGGGGUGAGAAUGGGGACGUAUUAGCAUGGCACAAACAGAGCAUCGACUGAAGACAGAUUUUCGCAAACAAAGACACGGGCAAUAGACAGGCUGAGAAUUUUGGCAGCAUCGCUUUUGGUCUCCAACCUACGCAUGAACGAUUCCACAUGUAUUUGAAAUUGAAGCUUUUGA